CACUUCCGCUUUAUGGUUGACAGCAAAACAACAGAAGAAGGAGCGAGAAAAAACAGACACCGGAGAAAUAUUUCACAAAAGCAGCUACCGUAACGGAAUGAAGGUGCUGACUUCACAGCAGGAGGUGGAGGAGGAGAGCCACUCAUCUCCUGUUGACUCCAACAGCCAUCACAGUUGUGAGGACAGAGAAGAGGAAGAAGUCCCCCCCUACCUCCAAGAAGAACACACACAUGACACAGACAAGGACCACCCCAGGCCAGAAGGAGGGGUCAUGUGGAGAGUGGGCGGCGGCCUGUUCGGCAUGACACGAAACGUUGUUGGUGCAACCCUAGGGGGUGUUGCUUGGGUAGGAACUAAGAGUUUUGAGCUCACCAAGACAGCUGUGACAAGUGUGCCGGCCGCCAGUGUAGGACUGGUCAAAGGGAGUGUCUCCAUGGUUACAGGAAGUGUUGGAGCAGUGGGAUCUGUGGUGGCAAGUAAAGUCACACCAAGGAAGAAGGACAAGGCUGACUGAUUGACCCUGGGCUGUGUGUGUAUGUGUGUGUGUGUGUGUGUGUGUGUGUGUGUGUGUGUGUGUGUGU